AUGGCCAAGGGGAAAGCAAAAGGUCAAAAAGGGAAGAAAAUCACCUUGAAAAUUGCCAAAAAUUCAAUCCGGAUAUCUUUUGACGGAGGGCGCCGUCUUGACUUAAGCAAGAUGGGUAUCACUACCUUCCCCAAGUGCAUUUUGAAACUCGCUGAUGUGGAUGAACUUGAUUUGAGCAGAAACAUGUUAAAAAAGAUUCCAAGCAGCAUCCAGAAGUUCCAGAAACUGCGCUGGCUGGACCUGCAUAGUAAUCAGCUCGAGGAGCUGCCCGAGGCAAUAGGUACACUUCAGAACCUUUUAUACCUGAAUAUAUGCAACAACAAGCUGACCACCAAAAAUCUGCCAGAAGAGUUGAACCUUCUCAAGAACCUGCGUAUUCUCAACCUUGGUUUGAACUGCCUUGACAGUAUUCCCACCAGUCUUGGGGCCCUGAAGGAACUUAAGGAGAUAGGUCUCUUUGACAACACCUUGACCACCAUCCCAAACAGUGUGAAAAAGCUCCCCAAGCUCAAGAAACUGAAUGCAAAAAGAAACCCUUUCCCAGAUUCAACAAAGCAGGAAGAGCAUGCCAACUCCAUUAAACGCAUAGAAACACUUUACUUAGUACAAGAGAAAGACCUGUGCUGUUCCUGCCUAAAGAUGUGUCAGGAUGAGAGGGACAAGCUAAAGAACGUGACACCCAGCCCCUCAAAGAAGCCAAGUUUCCCUUUACUCCUUACACCCAAUUCUUCUGCAAAGGAUAACCAAGAAGAAUGGAGAUUAAGAGGCAAACAUCCCUGA